AUGGGCUUGUUCAGUAAGAAAGACAAGGAAGAUGAUGUCUCGUUCCACAGCGGUACGACAACACCGCCGACGACUGCUCAGCGGACCAUGGACACCACAGAAAAAGGAAUGGAGGAUGAUGGACCUACACAUAUCUACAACUUCAAAGUCAUUGCUAUGGUUCUGAUCGUUUCCCUUGGUGGUAUGAUCUUCGGUUAUGAUACUGGUCAGAUCUCUGGUUUCCUGGAAAUGAGGGAUUUCUUAGAUCGGUUCGGCGAGAAUGGAGCAUUCUCUCCCUCAAGAGAAGGUACCAUUGUUGGUCUGCUGUCUAUUGGUACUCUACUCGGAGCCAUCAUUGCUGCCCCUAUCGCUGAUAGGCUUGGACGCCGAAUGUGUAUCCUUAUUGGAAACAUCGUUUUCUGGAUUGGUAUGAUUGUACAGAUGUCAGCAACACACCACUGGUACCAAAUUGCGAUUGGUAGAUGGGUUGCUGGACUCGGUGUUGGUGCACUUUCUGUCUUAACUCCUAUGUACAUGAGUAACAUCCGUGGUAGCAUGGUCUCAUGUUAUCAGCUUNUUAUUACCCUCGGCAUCUUGGUCGCAGAUGUUAUCAACCUCGGUACUAAGAACAUCGAUGGACCUGCUUCAUGGCGUAUCACUAUGGGUAUCGGCUUUGUCUGGUCUGGUAUCAUGGCUGGAGGCAUCUGGCUGCUGCCGGAAAGUCCCCGUUGGGUCUACCGCAGAGGAAAUGUCGAAAAGGCUAGGGAAACUAUCGCUGGCGUCUACGGAACCUCGCAAAAUCACUCGGCUGUUAACAGAGAAUUGCGCGAGAUCAAAGCAAAGUCGAUUACAUCCAGACCGUGUAUCGAGAGUAGGAGACUAACCGUGUUACAGANNUUCGAUGUCGAGCAACAAGGUGGUCACCACCCCUGGUAUGAGGUCUUUACAGGUCCUCGCAUAUACCGUAUUCUCCUGGGUGCUGGUCUACAAAUGCUCCAGCAGUUGACUGGUGCCAACUUCUUCUUUNACUAUGGAACAACCAUCUUCGACUCCGUCGGUAUUAGUGACAGCUUCGUCACAGCCACAAUUCUUGGUGCUGUCAACUUUGUCUGCACCUUUGGUGGUCUCUGGGUCGUCGAGAACGUUGGACGUCGCAAGGCUCUCAUCUUCGGUGGUCUCUGGAUGUUUGUCAUGUUUAUGGUUUUUGCCAGCGUCGGGCAUUUCAUGCUAAACGCCAACCAGAACACUGGAACUGCCGGCACGGUCAUGAUCAUUUUCGCUUGUCUUUUCAUCGCAGNNGGUAUCUAUGCGUCUACCUGGGCUCCUAUCGUAUGGUGUGUGGUGGGUGAGCUGUAUCCCACCCGCUACCGCGCAAAGGCUAUGGGCAUUGCCACAGCUUCAAACUGGGGUACAGAAACCAUGGCUAGUGUUGCAUUUUUCACCCAAUUUAUCACCAACGAUAUCGACUACCGCUACGGCUAUGUUUUUGCUGCUUGCAACUUUGCAGGCGCAUUUGUAGCGUAUUUCUUCUUGUGCGAGCAUCAGGGACGUACUUUGGAAGAAAUUGACACCAUGUACAUCCUCCAUGUCAAGCCCUGGAAGAGUUCAAGCUGGACACCCCCUGAGAAUGAGGAACUUGUCACCGCUGACGCCCUCGCUCUAACAUCCGGUGCUCGUGGCAUCAAGAAGGCAGAUGCUGCUGGAAUGGAGAGCGAACGUCGUGUUGAGAACAUGCAGGUGCCUCCUGCAACUGCCACUCACGGUAUUCACGAUGUUUCAGGCACUGACUUUGUGCCUGAGAGCACAAGAGCGGCUGAUGGCCGUCCACCUAACAUUGGAGAGUAA